ACUAAAAUGAUGAUUUUAUGUUUUGAGUAGAAACUCAAAUGAAGAAGAAUUGCUCUUCUUUCACUUGAGCCCAAACACCGCCGCCUCCCGCCUGCCGCGCCCAUGCCGGCCGUUACUCGCUGCCGCGCCGCCCCCUGCUGCUGCUCGCCCGCCACUCGCCGCCGCCGAUUGAUUUAGCACAUCAGCUCCAGCCUUCUGCCCGCUAAGCGCCUCGCCAGCCGCUGCUAGUGCUCGGUCACCGCCGCCCCCAGCCCAGCCAGCCGCCCAGACUUCAGGUUCAGUCGGGUCAGAUUGCCUGAUAGUCAGGGUGUGCAGAAGAAAGUGCCGAUGGGGAUUUUGAUAGAGGUGCCUUUUCGGGCUUUCCUCCUUCCUUCUCGUUAGAGUAUCUUCUUUCUCAUUCAGAAGAUAGUGAAUCCGUGUGGCAUUAGGCAUGGCGUUGUCACUGAUGCGAAAGAACCUGUUUUUGAAGCCACAAAAUCUCAUACGCAUCAAUCUUUUCGCUACAAACCCACUCUUAAACCCUAAUUGCACCAAGCUCCAAGAGUUAGACCUGGUGGAAACCAAAAUCACGUCUCUAUGUCAAAAACCCAAUUCAAUCGUAAAUUUGCAGAAUGCGUGUUCUCUAUUUGAGCAAUCUGUGGAAUCGGGUCUCGUUCCAUCGGGGCCUUCCAGCGAUCUUCUUUUGCAAACCCUUGUCAGGAACAAGGAGCACAAAUUGGCUUUCAGUAUUUAUAAGAAGAUGGUGUGUGCUGGGGCUUUGCCUCGAUAUUUGUCAUUAUCGUCUUUGGUUGAGUGCUUGGUGCAUCUCUCCGUGCCCCAAUUGGCUCUGGGAGCAAUUGGGUUGAUGUUGAAGCAAGGGUACACCGUUAACCUAUAUAUUGCCAAUGUCUUGUUGAAUGGCCUUUGUAGUAAUGGAUUUGUGGUUGAUGCGGAGGAGUUUUUAGGUGAGAUGGAUAGAAAUUAUGUGUCUCCAGAUAGAGUUAGUUUCAAUACUUUGAUAAAAGGGCUGUGCCGGGAGAAGAGAUUAGACGAAGCUAUGAGUGUGAAGAAAAGAAUGGAGUCUGCAAAUAUUGCUCCCAAUUUGAUCACAUAUAACACUCUCAUGGAUGCUCAUUUUGCGGAGGAUCGUAUGGAUGGAGCAAUGAGGUUGUUGGAGGAGAUGAGGAUGACAGGGUUGGAACCAGAUGUUUUCUUUUAUGACACGCUCAUACAUGGAUUUUGUAGUAAAGGAGAUGUUAGUAGAGCGAGGGAGAUUUUAAAUGAGAUGUUGGAUAAAGGAAUUUCUCCAGAUAGAGUUUCUUACACUUGCUUGAUGCGUGGUCUCUGCCAGAAGGGGAAUCUUAAAGAAGUGAAGCGCCUGUUCAAUGAAAUGUUGAAAAAUGGGAUCCGUCCUGAUGCUGUUAUGUUUGCAGGUAUAAUUGGCGGGCUUUGCCAAGUUGGGAUGGUGGAGAGAGCAGUGGAGAUGUUUAAUUUCAUGCUGGACAAGGGAGAGGAGCCCACUAAUACAAUAUAUAACAUUCUAAUUGAUGGAUUGUGCAAGGCAGGACUUUUCAAUGAUGCUUUCAAGAUUCUGGAAGUGAUGUUGGAGAAGCAAAUGAAUCCUGAUAUUGUAACCUACAAUAUUGUAUUAAGAGGCCUCUGUGAAGUUGGGAAGGUUGAUGCCGCCGUGAAACUUUAUGAUUCUAUGGUAUCAAACACAAAUCAUGUUGAGCCUGAUUCUCGGACUAUUUGUACCCUAGUCAAUGGGCUGUGCAGGGAAGGCCACCUUGGAAAGGCAGAACAGAUUAUUCGUGAAAUGGUUAAACAAAAGAAGUCGACUGACAUUGCACCAUACACCGUACUGAUUGGAGCUUAUCUGAAAGAAGGAAAGGUUAAGAAAGCGCUGAAUACUUGGAAGGCUAUUCUACGGUUAGGGUUCAUUCCUGAUUCAAGGUCUUAUAGUGCUUUUAUAAAUGGUUUAUGCAAAUGUAGCUGUAUGAACAUUGCAAAAGGUAUUUUUAACAGAAUGAGAACCUCAGGUCCUAGUCCUACCUCAUUUGACUACAACGUGUUGAUGGCCGCCUUAUGUAGGGAGGGUAGUUUGGAGCAAGCUGGAGCUUUGUUUACAGAUAUGGUCAAUGGUAGUUGUGAACCGGAUGUUGUCUCGUUCAACAUAAUGAUCGAGUCCACCAUAAAAGCAGGGAAUAUUCAGUCUGCCAAUGAGCUAGUGGUUAAUAUGCGGCGUAGGGGUCUGCAUCCUGAUGCUCUGACCUUUUCAGUUUUGAUUAAUAGCCAUUCAAAAUUAGGAAUGAUGACAGAGGCCAAAGCAUUGUUUGAAAUGAUGAAAGCUGCUGGCUUCCCGCCACAUUCUGUUGUUUAUGAUUCUUUGCUCAAAGGCUUGAGAGCAGAGGGCAAUGCAGAAGAGAUAAUCAAUUUGCUUCGGAAAAUGGGGGAAGCAGGUGUUGCUCUUGAUGAUGAGCUGACUUCUACUAUCUUGACAUGCAUAUGUGAUUUGCCUGAAGGCCAUUAUAUUGCAGAUCUUCUACCGAGUUUUACUCGAGAGAAGGUAGAUGGUAGUAGCAUCCCAUGCGACGAGUUGCUAAGGAGACUCCAAAAUAUCAUUCCCACACUUCAAACCUCUACCCGGAUAUGAUUAGAAUACAAAAGCUGUAUCUAUGUUUUCUGAGCUUUGUUUAAAUGCGCCUAAAGUUAUCUCCGGUUAUACGGUUGCCUGAUUUGGGGAGGCUCUCGUAGAAAUAUUUUGUAUUCAUUUAUCAUCUCAUAUCAUGAUCAUUGUUAAUCAUAUGAAAAGUAUUUGAGAAUUUAAAAGUUCUCAUCUUUCUUUCUAUCCUCUGUUCUUGAGACCCUCGAUGGCGGCGCAGGCAAUUGCCUCUGGCUAAGAUAUGAUGUCUGACCAGAGAGAGAUGUGGAAACCGUUCUCUAUCAGAAUUAGAUUCAGUGGCUAUCUGAUUGCUUAGAAGAGACUGGCCUCAAGCUCUCAAGUUAUAUGAGGAUACAUGUUAUGCAUUGCAAGAGCAUCCAAGACUUGCACCGCGAUUCACUGGGGCAGCCGGAGCUCAGGAAUAGCAAGGCCGGGAGGGACGUCACCAAAUAUCCUAUCCCGGAAUGCAUGUGCAAUGCCACACUCACUCAUUUGACGCAAUAAGAUGACUAGUGUAGGAAGAUCAACUCGACUAAUGUCAUAUGGCGCGAUCCUCAAACCUCACGCUCAACACACAGGACGCUCGACUAAUGUGAAUGGUAUAAAGUGGAAUAAGCUAUAUUAGCUCCAUGAGUCUCUCCCUUGUGAAGUUAUUAUCUCUUGUCAAUUCAUUUUUGAGUGAGGAACAUGUAUAGUAUAGGCAUAUAUGUACUCUUUUCUAUUUUUGUUUUAUUUAUUUAUUCUUUAUGUUGUAUUAAGAGACUUUUUGUGGACAUGUACACAUAUACUGAUAUACAGAUAAAUUGAAUAGAUUUGGACAUUUUGUUACAA